AGAAGAAUGCUAUAUCGUGGAAGACAGCUGCCAUAAUCAAUAUCAAAGGAAGUGUUUCUGAGCAGUAAGACAGAAGGAAGAGGCAAAAGAGAAAGAAGGCGACUUCACAGAUGCUAUCUGCCAUAAAACACUAAGAACUGCAAUAAACAUAAGUGGGUAAAAAAGGAUAUAACAAAAGAGAGGAGUAGUUUUUAACUACUACUAACACCAUGGAGUUCUCGGAGUUACCUAGUGAUGCGGAAAGAAUAAUUCAGUGUGUGGAUGAUCUGAAGAAAAAGCUCCUCUCUGUGGAGGCGCAGCGAAUCUCACGCAUAUGGGAAAACUGCAUCAGUCAAAUUGAGAUUGUGGCAACUCUGCCCACCGACCUCCACACCGUUUCAAGUGACAUGGAUAAAGAGCUGAUCAAAAACCUUAAAAAGCAUCAACUAGCGUGUGAACGACUGGAGAGAGGGACACAAGAGGGUCUCGAGCAGGAGUCAGGGGGAGAAGCGACAAAGGCAAGGCCCCAUCUUGAUAAAGACAUCCAGAGUUCUGUCCGGGAUGUGCUCCGGUUUCUCCGCUCACAUCCAGAUGCCAUUUUUGGUUUGAGGGCAAUACUAAGUAUGGAAGCGGGAGAGAGUGAGAACAAACUAAUUAGAGAGCUUAAGGGGUUUCACAGCCAUAUGCUCAACAAAUUACUCACCAGUCCAUUUGAGGAGUCACAGUCCACCCUCCAGAAUAUGGCAAUUACACCUCUGCAGCAAGUCCUCCAUGAUCUGGAGCACACGUCUUCACAGGAAGCAGAAGUAGCCAAAACCAUCCAGCAAAUACAUAUCAAGAUUAUUCAGAAAACUGCUGAGGUUGAAAAUUUGCGGCAACAAUUUUCAAUGUUAUCAAUCACAGAUGAGAAGUAUCAGCGACCUCAUCGCGCGUCAGAGGAAAAGGCAAGUAUGCAAGAGAAAAUCGAUCAUCUCAAGAUUCAGCUCAACAUUUUAAAGCAGGAGAACACAGCGGCAUUGGUAAUACUCCACAAGGAAGAUGAGAAAGUGGAGAAAAUACUUGACUUGCGCCAAACAUUUGAUAACGACGUAGAAGAAAAGGAGGUGACCUUGCAGCAGGAGAAAAUACGUUGUAAAAAGGUGGUGGUGGAGGAGUUGGGGAUGCAAGGCACUUUGCAGCAACAAUUGGUGUCACAACUCAAAGAGAAGAAGGAUCAGCUACAAAGCACUUCAUUGGAGAAACGGGCACGUAUACAACAGAGAAUUGAUCAACUGAAGAUUCAGGUAGACGAUCUAACGAAGGAGAACACAAAAGGUGAGUUCGCGCUGCAACGGAAAAAUGACGAAGAGGAGAAAAUAAAAACAAACCUGCGCCAAACUUUCGACAAAGAGCAUGAAAUAAAACAGGACAAACUGGAGAUGGAAGAACUUGAUAAUGAAGAAGAGCUGAACAAGUUGAGGAAGCUAGAAAACGCCUUUUCUGUCAUAGAGGGGGAGUACAACCAGAUCGAGGAGAGGCUGGCGGAGGAGCAGAGGCGGAAGGAACUGCUGGUGAUACAGAUCAAAGCUGUUAUUAUUGCCCAAGCUUGGUGGAGAGGCUACAAAACUCGCAAGGCCUUAAGGGAAAAGGUCGAAAGUGAAGCCCUUGCCGAAGUAAAGGGCAAAAAGAAGAAAGGUGGAAAGAAGGGCGGCAAAAAAGGCAAAUCCAAAAAGAAAAAAUAAACCAGUGAAUAGUUUCAUCAUCCUUGUUCUACACCCACACACAGUCUCAACGUAGGCCACCUUUACACCUGGCUUUAAAAUGCAUUUCCUGUUUGGGUGAUCGGAUUUGAUGUGGACACCGGAGACGCAUGUUAAUACCAGGUGUAAAUGUAAGUUCCAUUCGAUUGCUAUCUGAUCACAGAAAACACGUUCUAAUGUCAGGUAGAGUCUACAUGAAGCAAAUAUCUCUGUACCUCAUUGUAUUUAUUUUUCACCUUUAUGUAUUUUUCCUCAUAUAGUGAAAUAAAGAUGUAUUAGUGGUAUACAUUUUCUUGGAGUCUAAGCAUAUGGUCACUCCCCAAAAUGCUUUUCAUUUCCCUGGUACGUCGAUUGUUAACCCCAACACUCAUUUGGUGAAGCUGUUGUCACCCUAAAGGAUUUAUUUAAUGUUGGAUGACAUAUAACAUCUCCUGGCUAAGAAAUGCAGGACCUAUAAGGGUACUAAAAAUCCACGUUAAUUGAUAGUCUGUGUCUCCUGUAAAUGUUUUAUCAUCUUACAACUGUUUAUUGUGAGAUUUCACCAAUUAUGGUGAAAUUCUUUUCAUUUGACAGAAAUUGAAGCUAAAAAUAUCUCUUGAUUAAUUACACCACUAUCCACAGGCUUCAAACUUGGCAGGUGACUUACUAAGGGCACUGGUGUGUGCAGUGACGACCUUGGUGGACAAUUUGGACAAGAAGCGUGAAAGAUACUGGUAGAAAUGCAACAGAUAUAUUGCCAAAUGAGUGAAGUGAAUAAUUACUCUAUAUUCCCCUUUGUUUGCGUGACCAUAAAUAAUCUACUGUAUGUUUUUUCUCUUGCUUUUCAUUUAAGCUGUGAA